AUGAAUCAGUCUUACGAAGCAGAAAAUGUCAACAUGGGUCCAGAAGACGAUGAUGAAUUUGAUGGUUAUUUUGAAGAUCUAAAUAACGACAACUUGGCAAAUACCAAUAGUGGUCAAAGGGUCGGUACCAAUACUGGUUUAACGUUUAACGAUGAAAUGGACACCAACGAUGAUGACUUCUUGGACAUUUACAAUAUGUCUCCUAGAGAAAGAUUGAUGCAUACUUUUAGAAAAAACGCUCAGAAAGUACAAUUAUAUUUCUAUUCAUUAAGGGUAUGGCAACAGAUUUUAAUUAUCCUUUUUGGCAUAAUGGUUAUGAUUAUGGGUGUUCUAUUGCUUGUGUUCCAUAACACAAUUCUACAUAAAGUCGUUGUUACGUCAAACGAUUUGAGAGAAAAGAUGUCUACACAUUUCAUUUUGAUAGUGCUGCUAUUCUUUGUCGCAUUUCCCCCUAUGAUCGGAUACUCCUUACUGUCCACUACUACUGGGCUGAUUUAUGGCGUCAGUUUUGAAGGAUGGAUAACGUUAGCUUUCGGGUCUGUGACAGGCUCCAUUKUCUCCUUCAUAGUAUUUAAGACAAUUCUACAUUCAAGGGCUGAAAAGCUAGUGCACCUGAAUAAAAGAUUUGAAGCAUUGGCUUCUAUUCUACAAGAAAAUAACAGUUAUUGGAUCUUGGCAUUACUGAGAUUAUGCCCAUUCCCUUACUCCUUAACUAACGGCGCCAUUGCUGGUGUUUAUGGUAUUUCGGUACGCAAUUUUACUAUUGCCAAUAUAUUAACCACUCCAAAACUUUUCAUCUACCUGUUUAUUGGUUCUCGUAUUAAGAGUCUCGCGGAAUCCGAGUCUACUGGGUCCAGAGUAUUUGAUUUGCUCAGUAUUCUAGUCACUUUAAUUAUUUUAACUUUGACAGCAUGGCUACUGUACUUCAAAACUAAGAAAAGGUACUUGGAAUUGCAAAACCAAGAGCGCCACGUAUCUCCCGACCAAAUACCCGAGAUGUCCUUUGAGGUGUAA